GUUUUAUGAAUUACCAUUUUUAUGCAAGUAAAUGUUUUGCUCUUAUUAUUAUAUCUUAUUUAAGUUUAUAAACUGUAUGGGUAAAAUGUUAAUAUUUUAAUCUUUUGUCAACACAAUAUCGCGGCCACCGCAUUCGGGACCCCUUCUCUGCUUUCACGAAGCUAUUCGGCAAAUUACAAAUGGCGUCUUUGUGAGUUGUCCUUUUCGCACAGGAUUUUCUCAUUUUAUCGCUAUCAAAACAAUAAAUAGUAAUUAACGGGCUCAACGAAAUUUUGUGUUUUUUCGUUUUAUCUAUUUAUAUUAUAGUAUUUCAAAAUAAGUUAACUUGCCUUUUUCUCAAGUAAAAUGUACAAUGACGGAAAUAGGGCGAGGCGUAAUCUUUAAUACUUAUUUUACUAGAUAAAAACUUAUAUUAUAGUGUUUGUGUAAGUGGAAUAGUGAACAACUUAAAAUGGACAAGAAAAAUAAGAAAAAAACUGUUAUCAAGAGAAAAAGUGAUGAGCCGGUGGAGGGUGAAAAGAAGAGUAAAGUUUUGGUCAAAGCUGAAGAUGAUAAAAAGGUAGAAGUGGUUAAUCAUGUCGUGGAGGUUCCUGUAGAGCAAGGGCAGCAGAUAGUACAUACUGGGCAGUUAGUAGAAGGCAACUUUGAACAACCAGUCUUCGUCAACAUGAAGGGAGAGCCAGUGCAACUUGGCCCAAAUACAGUGAUACUGUAUGAGCAGAAUGGAAAUCCAUCUAAUUUCUCCUUUGGUGGAAUGUGGACAGUGGAUUCAUCUGGUCGUAUUGUUAUGGCGGAGACCAUUUAUGAUGUAAAGGGUGAGCCAGAAGAGGAAGGGGGUACCUCAUUCGUUCAAAAUGCAGCAGAGGUUAAUAAUACACAUGUGGAAGAAUCAAGCAAUACUUUCCAACAGUUUGAGAUGAAUAGCAAUAACCAAGUCGACAACCAUGAAUAUGAAGUUGCCAUUAUUGAAAAUCCAGAAGUGGCUGAAAGGUCAGACUCACAAGUGAUAACAACCGAGUCUCAAUUAAUAGCAACGGGUAGUGGUGCAGUGCGUUGGUUGAAUCAGAAAUAUGACUUUGUUGUUCGGAAACUUCAACUAAAUUAUGAUGCGGGUGUGAAACUCCUCCAUUCGCAGUCGGGUUGCAUUCAAUGUGUGUACUUCACGACGCCGAAUAUGCAAUUGGCAUUCAAUGCGGUGCCGCAAUUCUUAUGCAUCGAGACAGGAAUCGAAUUCAACACGGCAAUACCAAUGGUCGGUGGGACGGGGAAUCCCAGCAUUCGGCAUAAUGUGACAUUGUUUUUGGCUGAAGAUGGAAAUGGCAAAUCCGUUAUUGUCAGUGGUGGUAUAUCAACAUUAAUCGGUGAAGACCUAACCUGGUUGUUGGAAACGUUCAAAUCCUGUAAUCCCGCCUGGAGACAAGUGAGGUGUGUCGUAUGUGAUCCUACGAAGAAUCAACAGUCGGUCCGUGCUGCCUUUCCAUCAUCCCAUGUGUCGUGUUCCGUAUGGCAAGCGUCCAGAGCUCUUGGGAAGCUGGUCUCAGCUUCGGAUGAGAUUCAGCUGUCAGCUGAGGAUGUGGCAGCUAGGUGUAAGAUAUAUGCGCUGGCUUUGCUGCGAGGGGAACACACUCCGGCGCAGCUUCAGGUCCUAAAGCGAGGAAUAAUUGGCACCAACGCUGGUGAGCUCUUCAACCGACCCGGUGAACCCAUCACCAAAUUGGACGCUUGGCUCGAACAGGAUAACUACACUAAUAUAUUGCAUAAGGGCUUAGAGCGUCUCGUUAGUAAAUUUAGCAGCCUCAUACGAAGCUUCAUGCAGCCAGAUGACUUUGUAUCUCUCUUCUUUAAUGUAGCUAAUCAACUGGAAGAAGAGAGGAGGACGUUCGCGCUUAAUAAGUUGCGGGAUACAGAAACAUUGAAGCAAUCGCCGACGGACACGAUAACUCAGUACGCGUACAAUUUGAUGAGCCAUCAGACGAAGUUAGCACAAAAGUGUCUGGAUGAGAGGGGUGGCAGACGCCACAGUAACGCAGCCAUUUGCAAGUACGGGACCUCGACCCAGGAGUGUUCCUGUCUCUUCAGCAAGGUCUUCCGGCUGCCGUGCAGACAUAUUCUCAUGCUCACGACUGAACUCAAGGUGAAAACCCAUAUACCGUUCGAACCGCGUUGGACGGUUCAACAUUGUCUGUUCGGAUGCGAUAGUGCCAACAACACACCAACUACCACGGCGAGUGGGACAUAUAUGGAACAAGUGGUUGUUGAGAGUGAUUCAACGCGGACGACUCAGCAUCAACAAAUACAUCCCGUCAGACAACAACAAUAUGUGCUAGCCACGCCCGGGCAAGCUGCCACGCCAGUCUCACAGGUGAUAUUCUGCGGUAGUGGGGUGAACAACGUGGGUGGAGGAUCAGCUCCGGUGAUCACGACUGUCCUCCCGGCAGGGGGCGCUGUACUCACGCCGCACCACGCUAUACACCAAUGAUGACGUCACUAAAUUACGUCGGAUGACUUCAAAAAAGACUUGAUGACGUCACAACGGCAAAGGACCUCAGUGUCGUAUGCCAAGAGCCUUACUCAGUAGUGUGUUACAUUAUUGAGUGACGUCAUUUUGCUAAAUGACGUAAUACGUCAAACAAGUACCCAUAGUUAUGAAUUUAGUUGAUAUUGCGUAUGUUUAAAUGUUGGUUGGACUGUCGAUUACGUCAAACAUUGUAAUUGUACGAAAACGCUAAAGUAACUUUACGUCAUAAAAUUUCUUGACGUACAAGUACGUUGGCGUUUACGUAUACAAACAGGUACGGUGACGUCAUAUUGGGAAUAAUUGUCGUACCCAUUGUAUAUAAAUGUUUAUCUACUUAGAUCUGUAAUAAUUUUUAAAUGUAUAAUAUCGUUUUAGUUCAAUUGUGUUCUUGAUAAAUAUUUUAAUCAGGCUAUAGGGUGUAAAUAUUAACUAGAUUAUUAUUUAUAUUAUGUAUUAGU